AUGUCUUCAUUUAUGUUUAGACAAGGUCUCUGUGGUCUAAUCAUCUGUGCCGCUGCGGUUACGUUUAUCGUUGAUGCAGCCCCCAUUUCGAAUUCUAGAGCCGCUGGUGGUUUUGAGUUCUCGGGCAGUCCAAGUAAACCCUGUACGGCAUCAACAUGGCAGACGAUCCUUAUAUUCUACGCAACAAAUUAUCUGGCGCAUAUUGCGACUGUCCGAUCUGUUCCCGGCGCUAAAAUUGAACACACCCUGAAGUAUACGUUAAUGUCCCUGUUGAUACCAUAUUAUGGAGUGGGAAGAGGCUUCGAGGCAAUUUUGAGACAUGCAAUAUUUAAACACUCGCUGAUCUCGAAGCGCGCCGACAGCCAGCUACAGAUGGCUUUGCAAUCGGGUGCUCUGUGCAUCGUUGUUCGUGCGUCUGACUGGAAACCAGUGCCUGAAAAUGAAUCAGAGUUCGUGGUCGAUAACGUCCGACUGCUUCAGAGGCCAAUUACGCCCGAAAAGGAAGACAGCAAUGGCGCGUCAGAAGGUUCAGCUAAUACCGAGUUGCGAUCUAUUUCAAGCGCCUCAGCUAGCCCACUUGCUACGCCCGCUCAUAUAGCCAUUGAAACACUGCUUAUCUUACGCGAGACCUUAGAUUGGGACCCGGUAAUUAAUCUAGAACGGAAUGUCCAAGGGGUUCAGCAUCUGCCACAAGGCUACACCCUCGCCAUCUUACCAACCUUUGCCAAGGUUGCGUCUUCAUUUCCCGACACGGAAGAGGAAGUGACAAUUUCUUCAACUUGGAACGGGGCGAAAAUUCUGAUUACAAUUAUUCAGACUUUUUAUGCUUCAUUCACUCUGUAUGAGACAACGAAAGGUCAGCAAACGGACCAAUAUGGCUACGCCGGAUUCGGCUUUACUGUCAUUCCAUACGUGGUUAUGUCUAUCAUCAACCUUUUCGGAAGCCUCGUUACCCCUGACUAUCCUACAAUGUUCCUUGUUUGGUCCGCUGAGUUGAAAGAAGCUCAGGACCGUGGUGGCAAGUUUGACGGAAUUGUUGGUACCGUCGUAUCGAAUGUAGCAGAUGGGAUCGAUAAUGGAAAGCCCGAAGCUCGAAUAGCUGUCUUUUCACGCCGACACGGACUUGAGCAGGAGGUUGAAGGGACGGUUUAUUGCAAUGUCCGGGAGCCUGCUUGCAUCCCUAUUACACAACCUUCGGCGACAAACCAGGAAGGACCCACCACAGAAGAAGUACCAACACUUACAGAAUCUGAACAAAUUGAAAUGAAUACAGGAGAAGAUGGUAAUCAUUACACAGCAAAUAAUUCCAGCCAAAUCUCUACAUUUGUCGUGGAGGAAGGCGACACAUGUCGAUUGCGGGGGCGUGUUGUGGAUACCAAGCGAUACAAGUUUACAAACUACGAAGGCGGCUUUCUCUCCUUUAUGAGAAGAGUUGUCAUAGGAGACGACAAACUCAAACCACUUUUCGACAAAAAGCUUCCCCGCGAUGUUAUUGUUGUACCAUCAUGUACACCGUUUGAAGUCAUACCCAAGGGCCAAUGGAACAAUAGGAUAUUCGGCCAAAUUUACAGCAUUUCAGUCUAUCUCGUGUGCGCGAUACCGUUUGCGGUUAUAGGUAGUUUAACGCACUUCAAACAAGGCCAUAGUACGGUUGUCCAGCGUGUCUUUACCAUGGGAUGGCUUGCGAUAGACAUUUUGGCAGGAAAUUUUUCUGUGGAUGGGAAACGAUUUGCAUCUGGGCUUCAUAAUAUUACUAGUGAGCAGAAGGUUCAGACCUCGGAUUGGCUUCACUUUUGCGGUACAGUUUUUUGGGCUCUACCAUUCGCACUUGGCGGGUUCUCUGUUGUCGGGAUAAUGAUUCGGGACUAUGAUAUUUGUAGCGCUGUGUAA